AUGCGUCUUGACUCGUUUGCUUAUGCGCGUGUGCUGAAGGAGCGACGGUGUCGAUCUCUCUCCUCGUCCCUGCGUUGUGUGUGGUCUCGCGCUGCUCCCAGGGCUGUGCGUGAGAAGCGGCAUACGCAGGACUGGCUCGAGGUGCCUGUGGCGCUGGUCGACUGGCUGAACGUCUAUUUGUAUCGCUGCAACGCGCCCUGCGUCGCGGCGUCGCUCCUGCUCCACGCGGCUGCAGCGGGUCGGCUCGCCCCUUCUCUGCGGCCCCUGAGUCCCUUUGCUUCUUUGCGCGGGCCUUCGCCGCCUGCUUUCGCGUUUCGCCUCUCGGGGGGGCGGCGCCGGAGAACGGAUUGGGCGCAGGCCCUUUCGCGUGUAGCCUCGUCGACCUCAACCUCCGUGCUCUCCUCUCCCCGCGGGUUUUCCUCGCAGUCCGCGCACUCGCCUGCAUUCUCCAUGUCUCUCGCCGCGAGCGACGCGGAGGCAGAAUUAGCAGAGGCGGCAUCAGACGCGGAACCUGCACGCGAGCUGGGGACCUCUGCCGGCGCGGCGCCUCCGUCCGCAGCCCCGGUGACAGGGGGGGGGGAGGCGGCGGAGGGAGCGUCUCCACCGCCUCAAGCCCUGAGAAGCGGCGGCGCGUCUGCGGCGUUUGCGUGUCCGCGGGCGCGCGAGGAAGUCUUCGAGUGCGGAAUCUCGUCUCCCGACCUCGGCGCGCACUCGCGAUCGAGGUCUCGGUCGCCUUCGUCCUACUCGUCUUCUGGCGGCUCUCUGACGGCCUCCGCGGGCCGCGCGCCGCUGGCGCGCCCUCCAGUGGGGCUCUGCGUGCCUCGCGUGCGCGUCUGCACGCACACGUGGAAUAUCCCCAGCAUUCGCUUCUCGCUGUGUGCGUCCUUCCUCGCGUCGUGCUCCAUCGACCGCACGAUUCGCCUCACUCGCGCGCAGCCGGCGCCUCGCAACGGAGACACAGGAAGGAGGCGGGAGGCGCGUAGCUGCCGGCGUGAAGGCGAAGUUGGCGAGGUGCUGGCGGUCCGCGAAAUUCGAGGCUGGGCGUGGGCUGUCAGCUGGCUGGACGUGCGGAACCUAGGGAGCUUCGACUGGGACUCGGUCGCCGAUCUCUCUCUGCCUCCUCGUGGGAGCGCCCAGCUACCGCCUUCGAGCCCCGGAGGGGUGUUUGCCGCUGCUGCGCCUCCGCGUCGCCGCACUCCAGGCGCCACCGAGGCCGCGAGCUGGGCGGAGGAACGCCAGCGAGAAGAAGACCAGGCACAGUUUCAGCAGGACGCCAUCCGAGCUCUGCUCGAGGGCUGCGAACAACGCAUUCGCCACGAGUUCACGGACGUCGUCCGAUCCUCGUCAUUCAACCCCGUGACGGGCGCGCGGGUUCGCCCUCGCGCGAAAGCGAUCGCUGAAACCCUCUCACUGGCAGCGGGGCGCUUUUGGCGGGAGCGGAGUGCAGAGCGAACGCGCUGCCAGGAGGCGGACCCGCGCUCGGCUUCACGCCCAGGCCCAGGAGACAGUGGAGGAGACGGAGGAGACACUGGAAGAGACAGAGGGGACAGCGGAGGGGACAACGGAGAGAGAGAGCGCGGCGAGGCGGACGCGGGCGCCGCCCAGAGAACAAGCGGAAGUCGAGGGCGCUCGGAGAGCUCUGCAGCACAGAGACCGCCGGCGAGGCGAGAGCUCGAUGAGAACGACGACAGAACUGGAGAGGACGAGAGGAAGGAUAAAACUGCACCGGGGGAGGACACGCUUCUCGGCUUGUGUGCGUCCCCAUCGGCGGCGGCUGGUCGAGAGGCACGCGGUAGCCAAGCGCCUACAAACGCUUGGGAGGAGGCAGAGAGCGUGGACAGGGUGCAGGUGACAGGCUCGCCGCGAGUGGUUCGAUGGACCCCCGAAAUUGCAGAACGUGUGUCGCGGAGCCUGAUGCGCGAGUGGGAGAGCCUGCAGAGCGCGUGCCGUGCGCGGCUCGAAGAGGCGCAGCGGCAGUUCGUCGCGUGUGCGCAGAGCUACGAUGCGAUCGCGGAGGCCCUCCUGAGUCUUGAUCCCGCUCUUCUGCAGGACGACAAGGCCCUUCAAGAUGAAGUGAAGCUCCUUGUGGGCACGGCGGCCGCGCAGCGACGCGACCUCGGGCUGUGGAGGGGCCGCAUCCGCAGCAGUCUCUUGGCGUUGCCGUCUGCGACUUGCUCGUCUUCCGCUUCCUUCUGCUCGCUCCCUCUUCCGGCGUGCCUGGCGUCUCUUUCGUCACCGACUCUGCCGGGUUCUGCGCAGGCCUCCCCGCCGCGAUUUUCUCUCGAUUCGGCGCUGGAGGCCGAUGCGUUCCUCGCGCGCGCGCGGCUCCGCGCGCCUCAGCACUACCGCGGCGGCUUACACGUGCUGCGGCGCUUUCGCGAGCAAGCUGAGAAACGCAAUCGCGCGCUCGAGUCGCGCGUCAGCACCGUCCAGGCCCUCUUCGACGCGAAGGCAUCCAAACGGGACGGGCACUCCCCCCCGCAUGCGCCGGCGGAGAGAAGGGCGGAGGCGGAGCUGUCUUUCGAGAGCUUCCGCAGAGGCCUGAGUAGGGGGGAGGGCGCGGCGACCCCGCGAGAGACAACACAGAGUGAGACACACGAGGCAUUGCACAUGCCGGUGAAGGGGGAGAAAGAGCCGAGCAGGCCAGCAGCGCCGGCGUCGCGCGAAGGAGGGAAUCAGGGCACUUCGACGAGGGCGCUUGAGGCCUGCAGAGACCGACGGGAGGCUGCGGCCGCCCCGAAGGAAGAAAAAGGCGCGCAGCGCCGGCACGCCACAGAGCCGACGCGAGGGCCGGCAGCCGAAGGAGCCGACGCGGGGGAGGGCAGAGGAAGAAGCGGGCGCGAGACGGCAGUUCUCUCAGGGGCCUCGCCCGCGGGUGCGGAUUCGCCGACCGACAUCUGCGCAAUUCCGCGACUCAACAAGCAUCCCUCGAGCAUCCAAAUCGACCUCCUCCUUCGGCGGAUGGGGGCGGGGCGGCGCCAAGACCCUCACGCAGGGAGCUGCCGGGUGUGGGGGUGUCCGCGCGCCGACUUGACUGCAUCUCCUUUGUUUGCGCUUGAGCGCCGAGGCGGAGACAGCAGCGGCCGCGAGCCGGCCCCGCGAGCGGAGCCCGAGCCGGACGCCGCGAUGAGGGUCGCGGAGUGGAGGGCGGCUCUCGAGCGCUUUCUGGUCUUCCCUCCGGAGGACCAAGACGCCGCGGCGCUCUCCGCCCUCCUGCCGCCGCCGCCGUGUGCGUCGCCCCUCCCCCGCGCCUCGUCGCUACGCGCGUCGCCCUGCCCCUCUGCGUCCUCUGCCUCGUGUGUGGCGGCUGCGGCGCCUCGCCCUCGCGCGCCCUGGACUCCGCGCGCCGCCCUGUUGCGUGCGUUUGGAGGCCCGGCCGGAGGAGGGGGGACGACGCGCCCUCGAGGCGCCGGCGAGCUCGCGAUUCGCAGUCCGAGCGAGGACGGAGACACCGCGCAGACGAGCAGGAGCCAGCGCGGCGCGAGAGGAAAGGUGGCGGGGGAGGGGGAGGCGCGCGAGGCGUCGCAGUCGCUAGGCACCGUGAACGACGAGGAGAAGGCGAAGCUGGCUCGCCAGUUGCUUGUGGCAACGGGCGAGCGGUCGCUGCACCUGCUGAAGCCGCGCUUCGAGCUCGUUGAGAACUCCGCCGAAAGUGGAGGCGAGAGCGACGGAGAGGCCUCACGGGGGGACAGGCGUGGGGACGCGGCCGUCGCGCAGGCGCGCAAGGCCCUCGAAGGAGGCGACAGAGCGCAUAGGGGCGCGCAGGGUGCUGCGUGGUCUCCUUCUUCUUCGCGCCAAUGGCGAGUCGAGCUGGAGCGCGUGGCCUUCGUGCAAGACGUGUAUCCCGCGCGGAACGCCGGGAGCGACUCUCCGCGGCUCUGUCUCCUCCGCGCGAUCGACGCCGUUGGGCUCUUCGUCUGCGGCUUCCAGUUUGGCCAGCCAGUGGUCGUCUACGCCGUAGAGAAGGCCUCGCCAGACAAGUUCUUCCUGCGAGUCGUCGCCAUGCUCGCCGCCACCGACAACGCUCUCAAGCGAAGGCCUGAGGAACUCAGCGAUUUGGCUGCGGAAGAUCGGCUGCUUUUUGCGACGCACAAGUUCAAAGAGGACACGUACACCGCCUCGCGCGUCAGCGGCCUUGCCCUGUGGCACCGCGUGCUCAAGGAAGGCGAAGCGGCCGACGAUGGAGCUGCUGAGCGGGAGGGCAACCGAGGCACCUGCGUUAGAGCCCGCGUCUACAUCUUGACCUACUCUCUCACUCUCUUGUGCUACGAGUUCACCUAUGCCAACGGAGGAUGCCGCGCGUCUUCGCCGUCGGUAUCUUCCGCCCUCCCGAAAGAACACUGGAAUGAAGAAGCUCUCGAGUUGCCUCCGGGUCCCGAAGGCGCCUGCAGCACAGAAUGGACGAGAAAAAAUGAGUCUGCGGGUGUGGCAGGUCUCGAGAGCUGUCAAUCCGCUUGUCUUUACCCCGGGGCCGGGGUCGCGCGGGGAGGAGGAGGAACCUCUUCAUACUGUUUCCACGAUGAUUUCGAGGUCAUUCUGGAAGAAGAGAGAGACUUCCUUCUGUAG